AUGGAGGAUCGAUAUCCUCUGAGCCGUGAGUUAAAGCCAAAAGCAAGAAAAAUAAGACCAUCCACUUCAUCCCCGAUGAUCUAUGUCCCAGCGAGAUGGUGUGGAUCAUAAUGAAAUUGUUGAAAAUGUACAAUUUAUGUGUCAGUGAGUUAGCAGGAUGAGCUUCCCGCUCACUCCCCACAGGCCAUUGUCAAAGCAGCACCAUUAGCGGCUCCGUGGCUAACAUUAACCUUUCCUCGCCAGCUUACCAAUAUCUCAUCACAGCCCGCGUCCAGCAGCCCCGUGCUUUUAAACACGCCUCCUUUAUGGGGUGGGCCGCCUGCGAGGCCUUGGAAACAGAUCUCUGCAUUAGAAAAAUGAUCAUUGGGAAAGUCCAUCAUCAGACGCUCUUUCUGACCAUUUCUGUGAGUUACAGCCGCUCGCCUGGCGCUCUGCUGCUCCUCUCCAGGGACUCGCAGAGACCCGAGCGCUCAAAGACACGACGACCAUGA